CACGCCAGACCAGCACUAGUAAACAUCGAACAGACCUCAGCACAGUUCCAACACAGAAACAAUACUCUACCAGUAUCUCUGCCCACCACACGACAAAAGCCACCUCAAGUCCUUUAUCUUUUUCACCAAAAAAAAUCAUGAAAUCCCCAAUCUCCACCGUCAUCCUCCUCCCCCUCGCUUUCAGCAUCGCAACCGCCGCCCCGGUCGAAGACAGCAGCCUCGAAGCCCGCGGCAACGACGGAGACGGCAAGAACUACCAGACCUCCCAGAACCCCUGCCAGGUCCGGGUGUCCUACCCCUACUACAAGUUCCCCUGCGUGUCGAGCCCGCAGAACGGCACCUCAAUUCUGGGGGCGACGUUUACUUCGUUCUGUUUUUAUGAGAAUGGCGAGGAGUACGGCGAGGACUCCGGCAAGUGGUUCAAAACGCCCCGCGGCUGGGUGAGGGAUGAGGAUAAGCCGAAGCGAUGUGAUGGAUCGACGGUUGAGUGCGUCAUCUAGGGCACUGCGAUUGAGCUGGGGCUGUAUGGGCGCAUUACGAUAAUUGGGAAACGUUUGUUUGUUUAUGCUAAUGGGAUAUACGGGUCGAGGCACCGCUCUUUAUACCAGUUUGGGGAGGGUAGCCACUGUAGGCUUUUUGUUAUUCUCUUGUUCAGCUGGUGUGUACUGUACAGUGUUUGGUCAUCUUGUUCUCCGGAGGGGAAACGCCUGCGAGAAAAGGGGGACAAUGGGUUUGCG